AUGGCUAAGCCUAGCAUCAUGAGGCCAGGAAGUAUAGCCUUAACUCAAACUUGUUAUUUCCCUGCCUUCGUCCUGCUUUUGUGGUUUAUGACUCUGGGAGAGGCAAGGAAGUCAUUUCUCAGUGUUCUGAAUAGAGCAAAGACUGAAAAACUAUUUUUCACAAAGAAUGAAGAAAUGGCCAUCAGAAGAUCUAGUUAGGCUGAGUGGCCAGACUCCAGCCAUCUCUUUUUGCAAUUAGAUGAUCUUAAACUGCUGCAAGUGGUGACUGUGACAAAAACCUUGACAGGUGAAGAUGGAGACACAAAUUUGACCAUUCAACUAUGGGAUUCUGAAGGUAGGCAAGAAAGACUCAUUCAAGAGGUAAUGUUAAAGUCAAAGUGCCUAAACAAAGCAAAGAUGGUCUUCAAGGCAUUAAUGUGUAUUGACUGAAAUACCCUAGUGCUUAUGCUACCAACUGAUUUUGGUUGCAAUAUUGAAUUGCAGAUGUUUCAAACAGUAUGAAACACUCCUUUGCCAGUAAUUCUUGGCAAAUUGGGGCAAUUACACAAUUUUUUUCUUAGGCCAUUUUAUGGAUUUCUUUGGACACAGAAUUUGGUGUUAUAAGAGGCACAAAUAGGCUUUGGAUUUGUAAUGACCUACACAUGCCCAGGAGGUGGGGUCUAUUUCUUUGUUCUGCUUCUAGAUGGAGAUCUCCUUUUUGUCAUUUUGGUAACUUCAACAUUAUUGGCCCUGAUAAUGAUACUUGCCAAUUCUUAUAUAUAUAGUAGGCUGUUAGGGUUAUCACGUACAUUUCAUGUUGCUGUUUCUAAAAUUGUAUCCAUACUGCUUUUCAUCAUUCCAACAUCAGUUGGAAUAGUCCACAAGUGUAGCAUACCUAAAAAAGCAAACUUCCUGGAGGGAAUAAUUAGACCGAGUUUUAUUUUAAUGUUUGUAGGGAUUUAUUUGACUUUCAGAAUGUUUCUAGAUAACCUAGAGGAGCUUUCAUGGGAUGUCUUAGUUCCUGCUUUGGGUUUGUUAUUUGGGUACAACUUUGUUAAAAUUUUUGUGCUGCCUGUUCUUGUUUGUAAAAUUGUUGCUAUUGAAAGUGGGACCAGUUUCUUAGCUCUGCCAUUAUUCAAUUCUUUUUCACAGUCCAAGGCCGACUUAGCUUCUGUGGCUCCUUUUAUAGUGGCCAUGUAUUCUGGAUGUGAAAUGUUACUGAUCUUUCUGCUUUACAAGGCUAAGAAAAGAUGUAUUCUUAUCAUAGAAGAUAAAAGGAAAAAGAAAUCCCCUGGCCAAACUGCAUUACUGAAUUCCCACUCUGAAUGA